CAGGCACAUCUCUUCUUUCUGUCUUCUCUCUCCUUCUCAUUCAAGAUGAUUAUUAGAAGGAUGCUCCUCUUGUUGGCAUUACUGCUCCACUGUUCUAGAGUAGAACUGUCCAGCUUCUCACAAUGCUACAAUGGCUCCAUCCCAAUUAGAUGUGAGCCGGAGCAAGAGUCCUUCUCUUUUGACAUCACUCCUUUCGUUAGCAGCAGCUGUGUCCCAGGUACCCAGUACUGCCUUAGACUCCCUAACAAUAGUUUGACCUGCAAUGAUUGCAGCCAAGGGCAGGAUUCACCCUCUGCUAUUACGGAUUUCUUUAGUCCUCUUAUUCCUUCCAUCCCUUGGCAGUCUGAGCUCAAUGUUACCCCUGUUACCUUACGUAUUACCAUGGAAACUAUAGUCCAAAUACAAGUCAUUAGGUUUGAUUUUGUGUCUCUCAAACCAUCCUCUUUUCGAAUAUUGAGAAGCAUCAAUACGACUCAGGGCUUCACUCCUUUUCAUUACUUCUCCACUGACUGCAUAAACACUUACUCCAUUGAUCCUGAGACUCACUUGCUACCUGCUAACGAGACUUCAGCUUUAUGCCAGCCCAUAGAUGACUCUUCUCCUGGACAGAUGAGUUUUGUGACUGCACUUGAUAGACCGUCUUACUAUGAUACAAUCCCUGGGCUAAGUCAUGAUCUCUAUGACUUUGUGACUGCGAAACGGAUUGAGGUUUUGUUUGAGGGUUUUUCAUCCUUGGCUGUUAAUGGUUCCGAGUAUUUCUAUGGUCUUGAGGACUUUGCUAUAUUAGGUAAAUGUCAGUGUCAUGGUCAUGCAAGUGACUGCAAUAAGAUUAAUGGGUAUUGGUUGUGCGACUGUGAGCAUAAUACUGCUGGGGAUAAUUGCGAGAGAUGUCAAGAUUUCUACCAUGAUCUUCCUUGGCAAAUAUCUAAUGGUGGGGCUCCUUUUAAAUGCAAAGCCUGCAACUGCAACAAUCACACAUCUUCUUGUGUAUUUGAUGCUUCACUGUAUGAUUCUACUGGUAGUGGCGGUCGAUGUAUUAACUGUACUCAUAACACAGCUGGUCCUCACUGCAGUGAGUGUGCUCCUGGGUAUUACCCACAGGCUAAUGUCUCGGUAUCUUCUGUGAACUAUUGCAAGUCUUGUGGUUGUAAUACAGCUGGUACAGCUAAUGCUAGUAUCAAUUGUACAGCUGCUGUUGGUCAGUGUUCAUGCAAAUCAAAUGUUCAAGGUCCUGAUUGCAGUAUGUGUGUUAAUGGAACUUAUAAUCUAUCAUCAGCUAAUCCUGAUGGUUGUCAAGAUUGUGGUUGCCAUUCUUCUCUUAGUCUUUCUCCAUUAUGUACUGAUGAUGGGCAGUGCUCUUGUGUUCCUAAUGCUGUUGGUGACAAAUGCAGCAGCUGUGGCUAUGGUUACUAUCAAUCCUCUCCCAAUACUUGCACGAGUUGUGGGUGUGAUGUAGGCGGAGCCUUAUCUCCCCAAUGUAACUCCAGCGGAUACUGUACAUGCAGACCUGGUGUUACCGGUAAAACCUGUUCAGAACCAGUUGAGGGCACGUUCACACCGUCUUUCGAUUAUUAUACACUAGAAGCUGAGGAAGGCUAUGGUCAAUUUGAUGUAAAUUAUAAUAAUAAUUUAUUUACCGGUUUUGCUACCGUGAAUGUCACUAAUGGUAGCUACAUUAGUUUUGAUGGGUUUGUCCCGCCAAUCAGUGGAGAAUACGAGAUCAUCAUUCGUUACUCACAUCUGAGCUUCACUGGAUGGGAAUCAGCUGAACUUUUAAUAGAAACUGAUAGUGAUCUAUUUUCAUCUCCUCUCUCUUCUCCUCUUGAUUGCUCUGAAGUUGCUAACGGCGAAAGGAUCUUGUUUUCCAACUGGACAAUAGGAGCUGGUCAAAGUGUUUCUGCCAGAGCUUGUCUAAGAGAAGGAGUAUCUUACAAUCUGACGUUAGGCGAGUUCAUUCCUGGUUCUUCAUACUCCAUACUGCACAUUGAUUCUUUGGUACUGGUAAUCAGAAAUGCAUCUGGAUUAAAUACACUAUCGGAUACCAGUAUCUUGUCUGUAUAUGAUUACUGUGUCCUGAGGUAUAGCUCUUUAUCGCUGAGAAAUUAUCUCAGUAUGGCUCAGCAGAAUCAGUGUAACAGGGUAUCUUUUUCAGUAAUGGCUGAAGUUUUUAAUGGAACAAUCAUGUGUGGCUGCAAUGCUGUUGGUACAAUUGCUAAUGCUACAUGUCACCCGUACAGUGGGCAGUGUUCCUGUAGAACUGGUUAUACUGGACUGACUUGCCAUCAGUGCAGACCUUAUUAUUAUUACACUUCACCCUCCACUUGUGCAGCUUGUAUCUGCAGUUCUUCUGGUUCAAUGGCUGAUGAUUUAUGCGAGCGAUCAACUGGACAGUGUUCAUGUUUGCCGAACAUUAUCGGCAGAUCAUGUGACUCCUGCUCUCCUCUUCAUUACAACUAUCCCUUGUGCCUACCUUGUGAUUGUGAUCCUGUCGGCUCCACUAAUACCAGCUGUGAUUCUGUUACGGGUGAGUGCUAUUGUGAAGGAGAUGUAGUUGGUAGGAGGUGUGACUCUUGUGAACCGCAGCAAUAUGGCUUUCCUGACUGCCGUGAUUGUAACUGCUCUCUUGCUGGUUCUAUUAACUCAUCCUCAUGCUCAAGUGAUGGUGACUGCAGCUGUAAAGACUACGUCACCAACUCUACAUGUGAUGCAUGCACAGACGGAACUUUUAACCUACAACCUAGCAACGAGUUAGGCUGUCAGCCAUGUUACUGCUCUGGCGUUAGUGAUUCCUGUACCUCGGCCCCUGGGUACGCCUCUUUAAUUAUCAUCAGUAAUUACACUAACAGAUUGAGUGAUUGGAAUCUAAUUGGGGAUGGUAUAAUAAGCAUAUCUAGUGACGGGAUUACUAUCAGUAAUUCGUCUGAUUCUUAUCUUUCUGCCCCGCCUAGUUUUCUAGGUAACAAGCUCAGUUCGUAUGGUCAAUACUUAUACAUUAACUACUCUAUGGCUGGUUUUAAUGAUGAAUUCAUUGAUACCCCAUUAAUACAACUAACGUCUAAUGAUACUGAGCUUUCUGUAUAUUAUAAUGAGAGUCUGCCUAUCGGUGAUGGGAUAGUAUUGUCAGUACAUUUGACUGAAGGUAGUGGUUGGGACUGGUCCACUCCUUCAGCCUUUACAAUACAAUCAGUUCUACAUAAUCUAACUGGAUUAUUUAUUAAAGGAAGUCUUAGUAACAAUCAAAGCAUUCCUGUUACAAUUCACUCCAUUACCUUAGAGAGUACUGCCCCGAUUAAACCUGGAGAAGUAGAAGUCGGUUGGGUUGAAUUUUGCAACUGCCUCUCUCCUAAUUAUACCGGAUUAUCCUGUGAGUCCUGUUCCGAUGGCUACACUCUUUCUCCCACUGGCUCUUGCAUUGCCUGCGAUUGCAAUGACUUUGCUAGUUCAUGUAACCCAUUGAAUGGAAUUUGUAUAAACUGCUCUUCGAAUACUACAGGGGAUCACUGUCAAGAUUGUCUACCUGGCUACUAUGGCGAUCCGUUAUCAUCGAUUCCCUGUCUUCCCUGUCCUUGUCCUUUAACCACUACCCCAGGCCGGUAUAGUCCAACCUGUCAAUUGAUGCCUAGUGGUGAGGUUUGGUGCGAUGAUUGUCAAGACGGUCACAUUGGUGACCAGUGCGAGGAGUGUAAAAUUAAUUUUUAUGGUGAUCCGACGGGCAAUAAAAGCGGUACUCCAACCCCUUGCACGGAGUGUAUGUGUAAUAGUAAUAUUUAUUUUGACGACUGGAGGAGUUGCGAUAAUGUGACUGGUAUCUGUUCUAACUGUCUCUUCAAUACAAUUGGUGAUCAGUGUGAGCGCUGCAUAGAUGGUUUCUAUGGCAAUGCAUCUUCACCUAUGAAUCCUAAAUGCUUCUCUUGUGAGUGUGACCCAGAAGGAUCAGUCAACACUUCCUGUUCUUCUGAUGGCGACUGUCACUGCCUACCCAAUGUUAAUGGAACUAAAUGCGAUGAGUGUCAUUAUGGACAUUACAACAUGACGUAUGGGGUCGGGUGUGAGUCAUGUGACUGUCAUGUGAUUGGUUCGUACGGUAGCUGUGAUCCUGAUACAGGGGACUGUGAUUGUAAGCCCGGGGUUACUGGCCGCCAUUGUAACGUCUGCUUGGAGUAUUAUUAUGAUUUGGACCCCACUGGAUGCAAAAGCUGUAAUUGUUCAGAGGUUGGCUCUUUGUCACUACAGUGUAAUGGACAAGGUCUUUGUUCUUGCAAUGAUAAUGUAUUUGGAGAUAAGUGUGACCAAUGCAGUGAAAACUUCUUCAUGAAUGAGUCCACUGGAGUUUGUUCUGAGUGUCCUUCAUGCUAUUCGUUCGUAAAAGAUGACGUUGAUGAAGUUAGAGCUUCAUACAACAUAACUGAGGCAGCAUUACUCCGAACCGAAGCCAAUUCAUCAAUGGAAAGUGAUAGCUUUCAAGAAAAGGAAACCAUUGCCAACGACUUAGUGGAUUCUUUCUACGAAGACGUACUGGAACUCAACAUGAAUUACAGUAGCUUCAAUUCAGAUCUCUAUAACAUAAGCCAGGAAGCUUAUAGCAUUAAUACAACGAAUGAAACUGAGCUAAUACAGCGAUGGUAUAGACUAGCCAGCCCUGUCAUUAGCAGUGCUUUAGUUUCAGAAGAACUCGUUAAUAAUAUAAAGAAAGCUUUGUACUCUUCCGUCUCACUACUUAACUUGACUAACAACACUUAUUUGCCUUUGGCUUAUCAAUAUAAUGAGACGAUACACAAUAAUACACUACUGGGGCUUCUUGAGAGAGACUCGGCUCUUAAUCACACCCAGUACCUUCAAUCAGAACUUUAUGAUCUAACAAUGGAAGCUAGUGAUGCAGUGAGUGUAUCUAUGCGGACGCUAUCAGUAGCUGAUAGUGUGCUCUUAGUCUAUAACGAUAGUCUUAAUAAUCUUACUGAGCUCGAGUCAUCGGUAGAGUCACUUAUCCAGUCAAUAAGUGUUGCUAAUGCUACACUAGAAGACUUACAAUUAUUACUAGCAGAUAAAAGAAGAGAAUUGAAUGAAUCAGAGAAUCGUAUUGACUCUAUUACAGUACCAGAUGAAGGAGAAGUGAAUGAGCUUAUGAUAGAAGUUAGCAAUCUAACCUUACAAGAACAACAGCUUCGUGCUAACAUAUCAAAUGCUACUGAUCUUCUAUCAUCACUGAUUACUGAUCUUGGUAUCUAUUCUAAUGAAUAUCAUAAUCUUUACGCUGAACUGAAUGCAACCAGUCAAUCUAUUUGUGAUUAUAAUGACAGAUUGAAGACCAGUUAUAGCGAUGCCUUAGCUUCUCUCUCCUCCUCAAGCAAGUGUACAUCAAUCGGUACUAAUGUCCUAACUCAGCUACAACUCUUUAGCUCUAACAUCAGUUUAUUAAGGAGUAAUGCUGAUAAUGUCCAGUAUAACAUAACGAUGAUAGAGACUGAGGUAUUAGCUUAUAAUGAUCGUAUUAGUAAUAUAACAUUGUUACUGAAUGAUCUGACUCAACGCUUGUUCGAAACUAAUGAAGAUAUACUAGGUCUUGUUAAUGAUACGAACCAGCAGAAAAUGGUGACUGAUGAAUUGUAUACAAAUGCAUCAAUGCUGUUACAAGAAGGACUUGAUCUACUUAAUUCAACUGAAUUAGCAAUCAAUGAUACAACACUGAUACUAGCGCAAUCUGAUUCCGUUCUAUCAAAUAUCUCUGAUUCCGCUCAGCAAGUCAAACAAGCUCAAAACGUUUUCGAAACCUCUUCCGUGGCGGAUCUACCUGCUAAGGUCACAACCCUGCGACGUGAAAUAGCAGCUGGAUUAGACAAUAUAACGAUACUUCUAUCAAGCACUCCUGACCAUGAUGCUGAUUUGCUUAACACUGUCGAGUUAUUUAUUAAUAAUUUAUCAACAGAAAUUAAUUCAGUUGAUAUUGAUGCCAUGAUAUUGUCACUAGAGGCACAUUUAAACGGGCCGGUAGCGAGUGAAUUGAGUAGAUUACAAUUGGAACUGUCAAGUAUCGAAACUGAAACUGAUAAACUUAGAGAUACCUUGAACUCUUUACCUCCUGACUGUAAUGUUUGAAUUUAUAAAGUUUAUACAUAAUCAGCGACGCAUUCCACUUAAACUCUUUCUCUUGCUUUAUUCUCUUUCCCCUCUCUCUCACUUCAUCCUUCUUUCUCUUCUCUCUAAUUCUUUUUCUGUAUAACAUUAUUCUUUUUUUUAUUAUUUUAUAAUUAAGCAGUAGAUUAAACAGGACAUA